GGCGCGGAAAAGCGCGGAUCAAUAUCUUCGAUUCUAAACGAGCACAGCGCUGCUUCCGGCGCGAAAUACGCAUGUGCAACGAAGUCCGAACUCCCUGGUAGCGACAAGAUUUCCUCGAGAAUCUCUUUAUCAUUCCUUCUUGUCAUCCUUUGACAGCCUUUGGCACAGGAUCUUAAAACCAUGUAUUGGACUCUAUUUUUCACAACAGUUGCUGCUGCUCAAGUAACUGUAUAUCUACCAGCUACGAUUAAGGAGGAGCAAUUUCUGACCAACAAUUUGCUUCGUGAAUGGAUCAAUCAAAUGGGAGACGAAUUUGCAGGCAUUGCUGACAUGUACAUGGAAUAUCAGGAUAAACCGAAAGAAAUUCCGGUCGAACUGCCGGCCGACUUUGACGGCAUGGACACAUUGAAUCCUAAUCCCAGCAUUCGCGAUCAAGAGUACUUGCAACACAGCUCGUUGUGGAGUCAUCAGCAUAUAAAUAAUAAUAAAGAACCAAAUGGUAGGCAAAGAAUCAAGCCCGGAAGCAUAAAAAACAUGAAAGAUGAGAAAACUGAAAAUACGCUGCCGACAUAUUGCGCGCCACCGAAUCCUUGCCCCGUUGGAUAUACGAGUGAAAACAACUGCAUCUUAACUUUCGUAAAUACUGCGGAAUUCAGCCGAGAAUACCAAAAUGCGCAAGACUGCAUGUGCGACACAGAACACAUGAUGCACUGUCCUGUUGAUUCUACAAAUAGUAACAGUCUACCAAGCAUGCACAUACCGAGUUCUAACUUCAAUGAAAUCGUUGAUCAAAUUCAAGCAGAAGAAAAUCCGUUUUUCAGAGGUGAGAAGUUACCUAUUGCAGCAAAAAAAGGUAUAAAUGUGAUGUACUAAGGGACGUGAAUUAUUCAUAGAAAAAAGGGUUUUAAAAAACGAACCAAGAAUAUUAAAUUAAAAUAUUUCAAAGUAUAUCGAUCGUAAUCCAUCAUAUCUGUAACCCAUUAGAUAAAUAAUAUGGUUCAUAAAGGUCAGGUGCUAAUUAAGAUUAUAAAUAUUUUAAUAUUGUGCUGUUACUAUGGAUGUAAUGUGAUAACCUAAACCGGAUGAACACAUGAUUUACAUAAUACGAGUUUUUCUCUCAAAACCGAUCAUCAUUGUUCCAAAGAUAAUUAUGUACCUGUAUGAGUACACAAAAAAAUCAUAGAUCAUGUGAACAGUAUGUAUUCAAACAUGAAUUAAAUAACAUCUUACAAAUAUAUUGUUUUUGAAAACUGUAUAGUCUAUGUAGUAUAAAAAGAUAUAUGUUGAAAUUAUAAACAUUUUAAAAACUAUUGUUUUUCUAUGAACGAUAAAUAUUAUUUUCGAGACGAUGUUAAAUUAUAUAUCUCUUAAAAAAUAUACUUCUUAAUCCAUUGUGAAUAACACCAGAUGGUUUUUACCCCUUGUAUUUAAAUGAGAAGAAACUACCCAAAUAACUCGUUUAAGUGUGCUGUAAUUAUUAAUUGUACCUUUACCUUCAUAAGACAAUAUAAUGCCUAUUAACAAUUUCAUUAUUUACAUUAUUCAAAAAUAUAUAUAUAUAUAUAUAUACAUUUUAAAAUAAUGGAUCACAUUUAUUUCACUGCAUACAAAAUAUUUAUAAAUUAUGUACAAAAACUGUCACCCUACUCUUUACAUAUAAUAUUUGUACAACAAUUGCAUAAAACUGUAAUUUUAUACUAAGUUCCUGCUAUGUAUUAGUCAAGCUACAAUUUCUUUG